UGUUACUGGUUUUUCUCUCAGACUAGAGAAGAUGAGUGAUUUCAAAGUUGAGGAAGAGGACACAUACUCUCAAUUCCCCAGCGGUCUGUGCGGGAGUGAGCAGUCUGAAGAGGAACCUCCAGACUUCAGAGAUGAACCCGGACCCUCAGACACAAAAGGGAAGAGGAAGAGUCCUGUUCCUGUGGAGGAGCAGCUGUCUAGCUGUGCUCUGUGUCAGGACGUCCUGAAGGAUCCAGUCUCUACCAGCUGUGGACACUGGUUCUGCAGACAGUGCAUCACCUCAUACUGGGAGCAGAGACCUCCAUCAGGAGACUCCUGCUGUCCUCAGUGUCGAGAAAGAUGCAACAUUCUACAAACAGAACGUGGUCUGCAGGAGGUUCUAGAUGAACAUAGGCUCAGUCUGAGGAGGAGAUGUGAACGUGUGACUGAAGGAACUGAUGAAAGUGAAACCCUCCUCAACAGGAUCUUCACUGAGCUCUACAUCACACAAGGCCAGAGUGAAGAGGUUAAUACCCAGCAUGAGGUGAGGCAGCUGGAGACAGCUUCCAAGAAGAAGCCCCUCCAUGACACUCCAAUCAAGUGCCAGGACAUCUUUAAAGCCUCACCUGACCAACAGACUCCCAUCAGAGCGGUCCUGACCAACGGAGUCGCUGGAGUUGGAAAAAGCUUCUCAGUGCAGAAGUUCACUCUGGACUGGGCCGAGGGUUUGGGAAACCAAGAUGUCAGUCUGGUGAUCCCGCUCUCCUUCAGGGAGCUGAACCUGAUCAAAGGUGAGCAGUACAGUCUUCUCAGGCUGCUCCAUGUUUUCCAUCCCACCUUACAGAAGGUCACAGCAGAGCAGCUGGCUGUCUGCAAAGUGCUGUUCAUCUUUGACGGCCUGGAUGAAAGCAGACUUUCUCUGGACUUCACAAACAAUGAGGUUGUGUCUGAUGUCUCACAGCAGUCCUCAGUCAACGUGCUGCUGACAAACCUCAUCAGGGGGAAGCUGCUUCCCUCGGCUCUCGUCUGGAUAACUUCCAGACCUGCAGCGGCCAAUCAGAUCCCUCCUGAGUGUGUGGACAGGGUGACAGAAGUACGAGGCUUCACUGACGCCCAGAAGGAGGAGUACUUCAGGAGGAGAUGGAGUGAUGAAGACCUGUCCAGCAGAAUCAUCUCUCACAUCAAGAGCUCCAGGAGCCUCCACAUCAUGUGUCUGAUCCCAGUCUUCUGCUGGAUCACUGCUGCAGUUCUGGACCACAUGUUGACUACAGACCAGAGAGGAGAGCUGCCCAAGACCCUCACUGACAUGUACGCACACUUCCUGCUGGUCCAGACCAAGAGGAAGAAGCAGAAGUAUGAAGAGGGACAUGAGACGAGUCCACAGCAGCUGACGGAGGCUGACAGGGAGCUUCUUCUGAAGCUGGGGAGGCUGGCGUUUGAACAUCUGGAGAAAGGAGACAUCAUGUUCUACCAAGAAGACCUGCAGCGCUGUGGUCUUGGUGUCACCGAGGCCUUGGUGCACUCAGGAGUUUGUACAGAGAUCUUCAAAAGAGAGAGUGUGAUCUUCCAGAAAACAGUCUACUGCUUUGUUCAUCUGAGCAUUCAGGAGUUCCUGGCUGCAGUCUACAUGUUGCACUGUUACACCAACAGAGACACAGCGGUACUGAAGGACUUCCUGCAGGGAGACUAUAGCAACAGGUAUAACAGAGAUCAGGAUUACCCAUCCCUGGAUGUCUUCCUGGAGGGAGCCAUGGAGAAAUCCCUCCAAAGUAAAAAUGGCCACCUGGACCUGUUUAUCCGCUUCCUCCACGGCCUCUCUCUGGAGUCCAACCAGAGACUGUUAGGAGGCCUGCUGGGUCGCACAGGCAAGCGUCCAACAAUCAUCGAGAGACUCUUCAGAGGCCGGCUGGGUCGCACAGACAACAGACCAGAAACCAUCCAGAGAGCCAUCAGCAACCUGAAGGAGAUGAACAGUUAUAACAUCUCUCCUGAGAGGAGCAUCAACAUCUUCCACUGUCUGACAGAGAUGAAGGACCACUCAGUAACUCAGGAGAUCACAGAGUUCCUGAAGUCAGGGAACAGAUCAGAGGAACUCUCUGAGAUCCACUGCUCUGCUCUGGCCUACAUGCUGCAGAUGUCAGAGGAGGUUCUGGAUGAGUUGGACCUGAGGAAGUACAACACAUCAGAUGAGGGACGACGGAGACUGAUUCCAGCUGUGAGGAACUGCAGGAAGGCCGAACUUACUGACUGUAGACUCUCAGAGACUGACUGUGAAGUCGUGGCCUCAGCUCUGAAGUCUAACCCCUCCCACCUGAGAGAUCUGGACCUGAGUCGGAACGCUCUGGAGGAUUCAGGAGUGGAGCUGCUGAGUUCUGGACUGAAGAGUCCAAACUGCAGACUGGAGGCUCUGAGACUGGAGUUCUGCAGUUUGUCAGAGAUCAGCUGUUCUGCUCUGAUCUCUGCUCUGAAGUCCAACCUCCAUCUGAGACAUCUGGACCUGAGUAACAACGAGCUGCAGGAUUCAGGAGUGAAGCUGCUGAGAGAUCUUCUGGAGAGUCCAGACUGCAGACUGGAGACUCUCAGACUGGAGAGCUGCAGGUUGUCAGAGAUCAGCUGUUCUGCUCUGAUCUCAGCUCUGAAGUCCAACCCCUCCCAUCUGAGAGAUCUGGACCUGAGUAACAACGAUCUGCAGGUUUCAGGAGUGGAGCUGCUGAGAGAUCUUCUGGAGAGUCCAGACUGCAGACUGGAGACUCUCAGACUGUGGGGCUGCAGCUUGUCAGAGAUCAGCUGUUCUGCUCUGAUCUCAGCUCUGAAGUCCAACCCCUCCCAUCUGAGAGAUCUGGACCUGAGUGGGAACAGGCUGCAGGAUUCAGGAGUGAAGCUGCUGAGAGAUCUUCUGGAGAGUCCAGACUGCAGACUGGAGACUCUCAGGAUCAAUGGAGAGACGAUCAGAGCCAAGAUCCAGAAGACCUGUGACUCCGAUGUGGAACAGGAAGUGAAGACAGACAGAGAGGCUCCUCAAUCCUUCUCACCUGAACUCACAACUGAGUCUUCAUACAGGUUCAGGUGUCCUGGUCCAGGUGAGUUCCAGUGUGCUUCGACUGGCCUGGUGUUCGUCAUGGCUCAGGAGGCGGAGCUUCUGUACAGGGCGGUCCCUUGGGAGGAGAGCCUCCUCCAAUCAGCUGGCAAGCAGGCAGCAGGGCCGCUGUUCGACGUGAAGAGUUCUGAUGAAGCUGCCAUCUGCCAGCUCCACCUGCCACACAGUGAGACAGAGGAUGCGCUGCUCCUGGACGGCCUGUUGUCUGUCGUCCACAUCACUGAUGAAGGCCUGAGCAUCUUGGAGCCGCUGGAGGUCACACGCACUCACGUGGUGGUGAAGGUGCUUCACCUCUCUCCGUUUGGCCUCAUCAUCGAUAAAUUGAAAAGGCUUCUAAAGUGGCGGAUAAAUGGCCAAGUUCUGGUGUUCCUACGACCCCCGGGCCGAGAGGAGCAAAUACUGGAUGUAUUUCUGCUGCACAACAACGUCCCUGAGGAGGAGGUUGUUAAAAAACACAAACGGGCUGUGAACAUCCCAAUCUCCUCCGACUGUGAGCUGGACAUUGAUCACAGUUACAGUGUGCACUGUGAACCUGAGGGCUUCUUCAUUCAGCCUGAGAGUAAAACAUUUAAAUCCAUGUUUGGACCAAACUACCAUCCGACAUUUCAAGUGUCCCUGAUGACGAGCACAGAGAGAGUGUUCUUGAAGGUCAAGGACCAAGGUGGAAAUGAAGUCUGGAAUUAUCGCGUGUCACUGGAAGAUCCAAGGAAGGAAUUGUCCCAGAUAAAUGUCCCAGCAGAGAGCAGAGUCCCAGCAGAGAGCAGAGUCCCAGCAGAGAGCAGAGUCCCAGCAGAGAGCAGAGUCCCAGCAGAGAGCAGAGACCCAGCAGAGAGCAGAGUCCCAGCAGAGAAGUGGCGGCUCUUUCGGACAGAGUUCAUUAACAGAAUGACUGAAACUGUCCUUAACGACCUUCUGGAUAAACUCCUUGAGUCUGGAGUGAUCAGGACAUCUGAAAUGGAGUCAGCCAGAGCCAAAUCCCAAAAUAAGGGAGCACGAGACGGAGCACGAGAGGUGGUGGACGCGGUGCAAAAAAAAGGAGUAGCAGCCAGCAAGGUUCUGAUCAAAGCUCUCCGUGAGCUGGACCCGCUUCUUUACGAAGAGCUCAACAAGAAAAACCUCGUGGAGUGAGUGUGAAAGCCCCUGCUAGUUUUGUACGUUGCUAACUGUAACUAGAGAUGGGUGUCAGGUACUGAAUUGUUACCGGUACCUGAUUGGCCAGGUGAUGUGGCCGUCUGACCGCCAGCAGCGCAGACCCUAAAGCCACCUUUUCUUUCAUUUAUUUUAUACAAAAACAUAUAUGAACAUCAUAUAUUUUGAAUACAAACCAAUUGACAUCAGGGGGAGACAUAUGUUAUAAAAACCAAUGCUAUAACUGUCCAAGUCUGUUCAUACCGUGUACCUGUUGUCUGUCUUCUUCUGCUGUUCCCUUUAGUGUUUAUUUCCUGUCAGUCUGUUUAAUUACUUUUUUUGCACUUACUGAGAGAAAAGAGGAGGAUUUAAACACAGACAUGUUACAUUUGAUAUGUGAUUCAACUUGUAACACUGUUCAAACUGCCUCUGUGAAUAAAUUCAUUAUUAUUAAAAACAUGAAUUAAAAACAAA